CUCUCUCUCUCUUUCAGAUCCACGCACACUCGGUCUGUCUCUCCGCACAAACGCGGCCGUGGGGUAAACAAACUCCUCUUCUCCGCCGCCUACGAACCAGUAACAGUCGCAGAAGUCAAACCGACGCGAUGAUGAACGCGAAAUGUUCCCGAUAAACCGGAGCGAACAGUUUAUACUAAGGAAGAAGCUGCAGAAAGUGGGUGAAGUGUGACAGCUGGAGAAAUUAACCCACGGAUUGGAGCGCCACACGUGGAAAGCAUCGCUCAAAACUCAUCGGGGUGCGUCUCGUCCUUUCCCACUUUACCCUUUGGCCAGCUGUUGACUCCUGCCGACUUCAGAGAUGAGCGCCAAGUCAGCCAUCAACAAGGAGGUCUUCAUACCCCAUGAUGAGAAGAUGCUGGCUGCUGUGCAGGUGAAGCGGAGGACCAAGAAGAAGAUCCCCUUCCUGGCCACCGGUGGACAGGGCGACUACAUGACCUUCAUCUGUCUCUCAGUGACAAAUAAGAAACCGGCUCACUUAUCCAUCACCAAGGUGAAGCAGUUCCAAGGUUCCUCAGCCUUCGUUAAAAGGUCACAGUGGACGAUCGACCAGCUACGACAGGUCAAUGGCAUCGAUCCCAACAAAGACUGUCCAGAGUUUGACCUGAUGUUCGAUAAUGCUUUUGACCAAUGGGUGGCCAGUUCAGCGGGAGAAAAGGGCACCUUUGUCCAGAUUCUUCACCACACCUGCCAGCGCUAUAGCUCAGCCCGGAAACCGGAGUUUGUCAACUGUCAGUCCAAACUGCUGGGGGAAGACCAACCUGUAGAUUCAGUCAUUUUUCGUUGCAAAGUGUUUUUGAACAGAAUGAGGAAAGACGUGGUUGCACAUCACAGUCAUCUUCUAAGACGAGGUAACAGUAUACUCCACUCGGCUGCAGACAGUGUGACAAGUGCUGUACAGAAGGCGAGCCAGGCUCUGAACGAGCGCGGCGAGCGAUUAGGACGGGCUGAGGAUAGAACUGCAGACAUGAUGAACAGCGCUGAACAGUUUGCUGUCACUGCACAUAAGCUUGCCAUGAAGCACAAGUGUUAGACCACUGCCAAAACCCGACUGGGCUGGGGGUCACCGAUCGCCAUUCGAUGUACAGAAGGAUUUCAGAUUUUAUUCUUUUUAAAAGUUUUUAAUAUGAUUACGAUUUGUUAACAAUGUUAACAUUUUAAUGUUUUGGGUUAUUGUAUUCUGGUGCAUCUCGUUCCUAUUGACGGUCACACAGCGAGCAGAGGGAUGGAUGAGAGGUAAACAACGCUAUAUCACAGUGUCAGCAGAAUGUUUUAUGCUUCUGUUUGCCAAAAAAA